GCUACUUUUGACUGAGCACAUUUCAGUUGCCGAGGGAAAUCAUGAAAACAGCGAGUUUUAUUAUCAUUUUGGUCACCGCCUGCAUGGUUUCACAACUGGCACGUUCCGCCAACCAGUCAGCCAAGUCUCCAAGCUGUCCCUCCACUGGCUGUAGUGGCGUCCCUGGUGUCCCUGGGGUUCCAGGGCUCAAUGGGAGAGAUGGAAAAAAUGGUAGAAAUGGGGCUAAGGGGGAAAAAGGACCUGAGGGGGCACCAGGAAAGAUGGGCCCUAAGGGUCCUGCGGGUAUCAAAGGCGAGCCAGGUGCCAAAGGGGAACCCAGUGCCCAGGUCUCUGGUCAGAAAAACUGGAAACAAUGCGCAUGGAAAAAUAUUAAUGAUGGGAGAGACUAUGGACUAAUAAAGGACUGCUCUUUUGUUAAGCAGUAUUCUGCGACAACCUUGAAAGUCGAGUACAAUGGUGAUUUCAGAAUAGCCUUUUGCCUAAAUUGCUGUAAGCGCUGGUACUUUACUUUCAAUGGUAUGGAGUGCAAAGGUCCCCUCGCCAUCGAUGGUAUCUAUCAUAUUCAUGUGCACCACGGUAAAACAGACUACAACGUUCACAAAGUAACUCAUAUUGCAGGCUAUUGUCAGGGAAUUCCUAGAGGCACCGUAAGAGUCGGAAUCAACGUUGGAGACUGUGUGGGGAAGAAAUCAGGAUCUGAUGCUUAUACCGGGUGGAAUUCUGUCACUCGUAUUAUGAUCGAGGAAGUCCCUCCCCCACAGAAGUAG